CAAACCCCCCCAUUAAAUCCCUCUCCACUUUCACUAUCAAUUCCACACCUCUCUCACUCUCUCCAAAAUAAUGCCACUCCCAAACACUCUUCUCAAACACCAUAUCCAAAUAAUUGGCCAUUAGAUCUCCAAACAAAGAGACAUAGAUUUCAGCAAACAAGUUUCAACAAUGGCUCCACUCCAUCCCUCUGUUUCCAUUUCCAUCAAGGUACUCUUGCUCCUUUUCUUCACUUCUUCACUCAUUUCUGCCCUACAUGAUCAACAAGACUUCCCCAUUAUCAAGAAAACCUCCAAUUCCACCACUAAACUAUCCACCAAAAACCAAACCAAACUCAUUAAACCCGCUUCACUCCCCUCCAAGAAUCACACCAAACUGAUCGCAACCUCAUCCGAUUCACCCAAGAACAAAACCAAACUCCUCAACCCCACCUCCACCAUCAAGAAACUCAACUCCACCUCCAAAAUCCCCCUCCCAACCAAAAAAAUCCCAGAUCCAAACCCCAAGAACAAGACGAUCAAGCCCAAUCCAUCCAAAUCCCACAUCGAAAAAACCAACUGGAUCGAUCAAGAAGACGACGAUGAAGACGAUUUAGUAUCCGAAUUCAGAGAACUCCCAUCGAAAUUCCAAGAAUCAAUCGUCCCAGAUUUGGAAAAAAUCUCCCAAACAUCUAGAAUCUACCUAUCUAAAUACAACAAAGAAUUCACAAGAGGAUUCAAACCCUACGUCGGCAACAAAUACGCAUCAAAAAUCGCAUCUUUAGUCUCAUUCACAUUCAUCAUCAUCCCCCUCAUUCUCGUCUCACUGAUGUUCAGCCGAAUCAAAGCCUAUUUCUCCAUCCAAAAGCUCCUCAUCUUCAUCCAAAUCUACCUCUCCAUCUACUUCGCCAUCCUCGCCCUCUCCUCCCUCGCUACGGGGCUCGAGCCGCUGAGGUUUUUCUACUCUACUUCGCACUCCACCUACGUCUGCGUCCAGGUUUUACAAACCCUCGGCUACGUGUUGUACCUCCUGCUGCUGCUGAUGUACCUCAUCCUCGUGUUCUCGACGGAGACUGGGCCGGUGACUAAGUUGUUGGGCCUGGCCCAGACGUUUGUGGGCUUUGCGGUGGGUUUGCAUUAUUAUAUGACGGUGUUUCACAGAGCUGUCAUGCACCAGCCGCCAAAGACCACGUGGAAGGCUCACGCGCUAUACGCCACGUGUUUCCUUGUCAUUUGUCUGUUAGCUAGGGGUGACAGGCACAAGAAGGCUUACUUGGAAGAAGGCGGUGGAGAGGGCAAAAAGAGUUGAAUUUUUUUUUUUUUU